CCGUAGAUGCUUAAAGUUAUCUGCUAAAUACUUUGAACCAUAUCAAGUGAUUGGCAAGUGGGUAAGUUGAACUAUCAACUAUAGCUGCCUCUGGACUCGAAGAUCCUUUCCACAUGCCAUGUUUCUCAGUUAAACAUGUUGGUAAUAGACCAACUUAGCUGCAGUUAACUUCAGUGGAUGAAGAAGGGACGAUCACUAAAGAACCCUUGUAGAUUUUAAAUAGAAGAAAAACGAUUAUGACAGUUAAUAAAAGAGGAAUAUCUAACUGCUCUGCUUCUAAGCCUCAGCCACCAUGGCAGCGGAAACAACCCCCCCUUAUUUCGCUAAGGGAAUCGCGAGACAGCCGGUUCAACACUCAAACAGUUGCACAUUUUUUCGGUUGUGCACCUUCAUCAGUCAAUAUUUUCAUCACUUUUCGACGGUCUUCGAUUGCACUAGCCUAAUAUCAAGCUCUUGAAACCGGAAUUCUUAAACUUUGUCGCCGCCAUCUUCUUAACCUCCCCUAGUAGAUCAAUGAUGGAGGAAAUGCCGGUAGGCGGCGGCAGCGGUGGGUUUGAACGGCGUCGUUCAGUGUUUGUUGGCGAAUUUUAGAGGGAAUCUGAAGUUGGAGAGGAAGGGAAUGUCAAAGUGAGAAGAACUGAACUGUUUAUGUUUUACAUUUGUUGUCCCCUGAUUUCCUCGAUUUCUUGGUCCGGCCAGUGAGGGGGAGGUUCGUCUACGUGUCUAAUGAAAAGGCAGUGGAUGAAGAUUUUGCUGGAUUUUCUUUUGAUCUUUGGAGGAUACGAGCUGAUUCCCCUUGAUUUCUGUGGGUUCCAUAUUGAUUUAAGGACGUGUUUGUUACUUUGGGGAAAAAACAAAGCAUCGCCGAUUCAUUGUUAAAGUUCGAGUCGAGAGUAUAAGAUAAGCUCAAACAAACACUUCAAGGACAGUUCUUUGUCUUAUUCAAGAAAAGUUUCUUUAAAUUACCGUAAUUUCGUAAUAUUUUAUAUACUAUUGAAAGCGACCUGUCUUGAUGUAUUCACUCACCUUUCACAACUAAACAAAUAAUUAAACAACAAAGAACUGAUCGGCUGACACAAUUGCUCUUUGAAAUCCUUGCUUGAUCGUUAAAUGCAGCUUUGUUUUCAUUUAUAGAGCACAAACUUUUCACUUUCUAUACUCUCUGAGCUGAGUUUAUCGUCCAGGAUAACCAUGGCUGUUCAUGGGGCGUGGAUUUUGAUUUUGGUCACGUUGAUGAGCAUUUGGUGCGUUGAACCAAAGUAUAUUAUUUACAAUACUACGUCGAAGAUAGUUUCCGGGAAACUCAAUGUUCAUUUGGUUGCUCAUACGCAUGAUGAUGUUGGUUGGUUGAAAACUGUUGAUCAGUACUAUGUCGGCUCCAAUAAUUCCAUUCAGGGAGCUUGUGUCCAGAAUGUCCUGGAUUCUAUUGUACCGGCAUUAUUAGCUGACAAGAACAGGAAGUUCAUUUACGUUGAACAGGCAUUUUUCCAGAGAUGGUGGAGAGAUCAGAGUGAGACAGUUCAAGAGACAGUAAAGCGGCUCCUCAACUCUGGUCAACUAGAGUUAAUAAAUGGAGGCAUGUGUAUGCAUGAUGAAGCUGCCCCACAUUACAUCGACAUGAUCGAUCAAACAACUCUCGGCCAUCGAUUUAUCAAACGAGAAUUUAAUAUCACCCCAAGGAUUGGUUGGCAAAUUGAUCCCUUUGGACAUUCUGCAGUGCAAGCUUACUUGUUGAGCGCAGAGGUUGGAUUUGAUUCUCUCUUCUUCGCACGAAUUGAUUACCAAGACAGAGCUAAAAGGAAAGAUCAGAAAAGCCUUGAAGUUGUUUGGCGGGGAUCCAAGAGUCUUGGCUCAUCAUCACAGAUAUUUGCUGGUGCAUUCCCUGAGAAUUAUGAGCCUCCAAGUAAUUUCUACUAUGAAGUUAAUGAUGAUUCACCUAUUGUCCAGGAUAACAUGGAGCUGUUUGACUACAAUGUUCCCCAGCGUGUGAAUGAGUUUGUAGCGGCAGCAUUUUCUCAGGCUAACAUAACUCGAACAAAUCAUGUGAUGUGGACAAUGGGAACAGAUUUCAAGUAUCAAUAUGCACACACAUGGUUCCGGCAAAUGGACAAGUUCAUUCAUUAUGUUAAUCAAGAUGGACGUGUGAAUGCCCUAUAUUCUACCCCAUCGAUAUAUACUGAUGCAAAAUAUGCUACAAAUGAGGCUUGGCCACUGAAGACUGAUGACUACUUUCCAUAUGCAGACCGUAUAAAUGCCUACUGGACUGGAUAUUUUACAAGCCGGCCUGCACUCAAAGGUUAUGUUAGGACAAUGAGUGGCUACUAUUUGGCAGCAAGACAGUUAGAAUUCCUUAAGGGAAGAAGUAAAGCUGGACCAAACACUGACUAUUUAGCCGAUGCUUUGGCACUUGCUCAACAUCAUGAUGCAGUCAGUGGCACUUCAAAGCAGCAUGUGGCUAAUGACUAUGCGAAAAGACUAUCCAUUGGCUACGAGGAGGCUGCAAAGGUGGUCGAAACAUCGCUUACCUCUAUAACAAGGUCCUCUUCAAAGACAGACAGUGGGAACAAAGUGACCAAGUUUCAGCAGUGCCUGCUUCUGAAUAUAAGUUAUUGUCCUUCGUCAGAGGUUGAUCUGUCAAACGGAAAAAAUCUGGUGGUUGUUGUCUACAAUCCUUUGGGAUGGAAAAGGGAGGAUAUUAUACGAAUCCCGGUUAUUGAUGAGACUGUCAUCGUUAAGGAUCAUAGAGGAAAUGAAAUCGAAUCGCAGAUUGUACCUCUGCUAAAUGCUUCUUUGGCCAUAAGAAAUUACCAUUCCAUGGCAUAUUUGGGUAAAUUCCCAAGUGUUACCCCAAAGUAUUGGCUUGCAUUUUCAGCUUCUGCACCUCCUCUCGGGUUAAACACUUACUUCAUCUCAAGCGGAAAACAAAAAGCCAUAGCAGCUCCUUCAAAGAACCAAGUAGUGUACAGUUCUAAAGAAAAACAAAAAGAUGUGAUCGAAGUAGGGCCAGGCGACCUGAAACUUGUGUUCUCUGCAAAACAACGAAAACUCAUUGGCUACAUUAAUAGCAGAACUAAGGUAAAAGAAACUGUAAGGCAAUCAUAUAGCUUUUAUACCGGAGCAACUGACAUAAAACAGGCCUCCGGAGCAUACAUCUUUCGACCAAAUGGCACGAAUUCAUUGAAACCUGAUCACCAGGCUUUGACUGUUUUACGGGGACCAAUUUUGGAUGAAGUACACCAGAGAAUCAAUUCAUGGAUAUAUCAGAUCACAAGAGUGUACAAGGGAAAGGAGCAUGCAGAAUUUGAGUUCAUUGUUGGUCCUAUUCCAAUCAGUGACGGAAUUGGAAAAGAAGUUGUGACUAAGAUUUUAACACAUAUGAAAACCAGCAAAACAUUCUAUACAGAUUCCAGUUGUCGUGAUUUCCUUGAAAGGAUUCGAAACUAUCGAAAAGAUUGGAACCUGGACGUGAAUCAGCCUGUUGCAGGAAACUAUUACCCUAUUAAUCUUGGGAUGUAUGUUAAAGAUGACGAUAAGGAGCUUUCAGUCUUAGUAGAUCGAUCCAUGGGUGGAGCCAGCAUUAAGGAUGGUGAAUUGGAACUAAUGCUCCAUAGGAGGUUGCUUCACGAUGAUGGUAGAGGUGUUGCAGAAACCCUAAAUGAAACGGUUUGUGUUCAAAAUAAGUGCAGUGGACUAACUAUCGUUGGGAAAUAUUACCUCAGAAUCGAUCCUCUGGGAGAGGCAGCUAAGUGGCGUCGAUCAUUUGGUCAGGAGAUAUAUUCUCCAUUUCUCUUAGCCUUUACUCAGCAGGAAGGAGAUGGAUGGACUAAUUCCCACGUCUCAUCCUUUUCUGGGAUGGAUCCAUCCUAUGUUUUACCAGAUAAUGUAGCAAUGAUAACCCUCCAGGAAUUGGACAACGGGCAAGUUCUUCUUCGGCUGGCACACUUAUACGAGGUUGGGGAGGACAAGGAUCUCUCAGUUAUGGCAAGUGUACAGCUUAAAAAAGUAUUUGCACAUAAGAAGAUAAAUAAAGUAACAGAAAUGAGCUUAUCUGCUAACCAAGGAAGAGUGGAAAUGGAAAAGAAGAGGCUGGUGUGGAAAGUGAAAGGCUCCCCCGAAGAAGUGCCAAAAGUAGUGAGAGGUGGACCGGUUGAUCCAGCUGCAUUGGUGGUUGAACUUGCUCCGAUGGAAAUCCGAACCUUUGUCAUCGACUUCAAUUAGAAGACAACAAAUAAGUUACGUUCAUUGUUCCUGAAGAAUGAUCAAAUAAAAUGCUACUGGUUUCAUCGUUGGAGGCGAGCGAGUUCGGCGAUAAGAUUUGCAUGAAAUUACCUUUACUGUAUUUUUCUGCCAAUUCCUUUAGUUCAGGUCCCUCAAGCAAACUGCCAGUCUGUUGUAACAUUAAAUAAAUCAUUGUUUCUUGUGUAUUUGAUGUGCUUGUUAUUGGCUUCA